AUCCUAGGGUCUGCCUUUUUGCUAGUUUAAAGGUAUAAAAUGCCCAGUAGAUAGGAUUCUGCCUCUUUCCCCAUAGCCAACCUACGUACAAAGGCUGAUGAGACAAGCGCUAAUAAGGAAGCCUUCUUGAAGGAACCUCGUUCAUUUGGUAUUUCUUGGCCCAAGAGGAAUUAUGUUGGCCCAACUCUGCCUUAUCUGGAGCUUGGCUCUUCAGACUGUAGCAGGGGAUGUGGUUCAAGAGGCUACAGAUUUCCUGAUGCAAUUUAAUGCCCGUGCAGAAGACCUGUCUUAUGAAAAUUCACUUGCUUCAUGGAAUUAUAACACCAACAUCACGGAUGAGAAUGCCAGAAAGAUGAAUGCAGCAGGCUCCAGAUGGUCAAAGUUCUACGAAGAAGUCUCCCAAAAUGCCAGCCGUUUCAAUGUGGAUGACUUUUCUGAUUAUGCUCUCAAACUCCAGCUUCAGUCUCUGCAGAGCAAAGGGUCAUCUGUAUUGCCUGAAGAAAAACAAGACCAAGUAUGUUGCUAAAUGUCCCUGUUGAAAGCAAUCCAUUACGUGGUGGUUACAAAACAAUUUUUGUUGUUAAUUCAUUCCGGUAAUAUAAACUAUGUGCUGUUACGGGAACUUACACACAUUCAUGACAAACCAUGCUGAAAAACUGCAAACAAGUACUUUUCAGUUUGCAAAAUGACUAUUUCAGUCCAUAAUUUCCUUU